AUGAGGACAAUUGUUCUAUUGGCCGUGGUCGCAUUGGGAGGUGUGUCACUGAUCAUGGGAGACGCUAAUCACCGCCACAAUUAUGGAGUUUCGUUUGAAGACGGUACAUGCAGGUACCGCAAUCAAACAGUCGAAGAUAUGGACAUAAUGACAUUUAAGUACCCAUGUGAACUCUGGCGUUGCAAUGUAACAGCAAAAACAAUUACAGUUAUAGGGUGCGGUGUCAGAAACUUUGGAAGUUGCGUCCACGUGCACAACCCUCAUUACAAAUGGCAAGGUUGCUGUCCGGGUCGUCCCAUCUGCUAACGUAAUUUCGAAGUUAAUCGAAGUUACCACUUUUGCGAAUAAAAUUGUUUUCCUAAAAUUUUUACAAUCAACUCGCUCCGCUUUCUUAU